UUUCCCCAAACACUAGAGAUUUUUUCACCGAAGAGUAGUCUAGCAAAAGCUAAUAUCGCGCUUCAAUGUUAGUGGGUGUUAGAUAGAAAGUUUGAAUGCAUGAUUUACCCCGUCAUUGAAUUCAUGGUCACAUAAGCAUCGUGUUGUAAAAGAAAGAAGAUGGAAGAACGCUAUGACUAUUUUCGACAUAGAUAUUAUUUGGGCUAUGACGGCAUCACCUCUGGAGCGGUAGCCAUUACUAGAUUUACAAAUGAUGAUGAAAGUUUUGAAAACAAAUACCGUACCUCAAUUUUAUAUGACACUACCGCGAAAAAUAUCAUUGCCAGAGGCGACAAGGCUGAUGAAGCGAAUAAGAAUUACAAAGGGUUCCAAGAAGACGUUAUUUAUGUACGCAAUAUUUUAAGCGAGCUCACUGCCAUUUAUUCGAAAUCCAAGCAACAAUCUUUCGAUAAUACGGUACUUUACGCGCUCGUGUAUGAGGAAGCUAUAGACCUGUUACAAAAAAUUCUGGAUCGUUAUAAACAAAAACUGAAUAGUGUAAAUAUGGAUUUUUGUUAUUCUUUGAAUCUUCCAACUAGUUGGGAUUAUCAAAUAAGAGAAGAAUUGUUCCUGCCUCUAUUCGUAAAAGCUGGUCUUCUCCAUGAAAAUGAUUGUCCGGGCAGGCUGGUGUUUUUUUCAAUGCUGGAGUUAAAUUUUCAAAACAUGCAGAUGGAUACACGUACCCGUCGCGGUUUAAAAUUAAAGCAUAAUGGUCAGCGCGUUAUGUGUACAAUAGAUUAUCAAGGCACAUACUCCGUGGAUUUGAAAUUGGUAUCAGCUCAAUAUCCUGCUUUCAGAUUAGCAAAAGGAUACUUGGUGCCACAAUUGUUGAAACAUGCUCACAUUGUCAUCCCAUUUGGACUAAAGGAAGUACGUUUGUCAUUAAUAGCAUGUGUGGAAAAGCAUUGUCGUACUACGUUAUCAUCAGAAUGUAUCGACGACAUGCUUGCAAAACUCAGUCGAAAGAUACAAUAAGGGAUGUUUUGUACGAUCGGCCAUUGCCAGACUUGAAAUCUCGCUGGACGAAUAGACCAAUCCAUUUGAAGGACAUUUUUGAACAUUUUUCGGGUUCUGCCGAAAAAUUCUUUAGAAAUGAAGUAGAUAAAUUUCUUGUAGGCACGAGCAAUCUGGUUCCCAGGCCAUUGGACAUUUUUUACACAAAUCGAAUCCCGAACAUUUUGUUUACUAUGGGGCUAAUCUCAUCAGUUGAUUGUUGGUCGAAAAAGUAUUUCUGGGAACUAAGAGAAUCUUACACAAUAGCGGAGCUCGGUGGUGAUUUCCCCAUAUCCGAAGUCUUUGACUAUCGUGUCCGAGGAGAUGCAAUUGUACAGCUUUUAGACAACCAGAUA